AUGAUUCAGAAGAACGAGAACAUCUUGUUGAGGUCUAUCAAACAGAUAAGGGAUGAGGAUACGCAGAUGGCACACCGGCAACUCGUAGAUGAGCAUUUUUUGGUGGUCGAGGUCAUCUACACUGGGGUGAUGCGGGAUGCUGCGAGAUUAAAAAAACUGCUGACCGACUCCAAGGGGCUAAUAUUUGACACAGGAGUGUUCACGGAAGAGGGAUUGGUCGACCUUCUCAGGAAAGCCAAAUUACCGAAGGGUUUAAGUUUCCCCUUUGAGUUGGAGGUAGCAGGGUUACAUGAACUGGAAGAGGUAUCAACUGUUAGUGUAUCCGCAGUUGGCAUGAAAAUCAUCACGGUAAUAGGAAUACCCCUGGUGGAUUUCCAAGCAUUCGACGUUAUGCUGAUGCAUAGCAUUCCUGUGCGGACAACGAACGGGUAUCACUCGUACUUGGAGGCAUCAAAUGCGCUUCUGGUCGUACAUGGCGCAACACAUCAGUACGUGCCAAUGACCGAGGGGCAAUUGAAUUGCUGCAAGAGAGUUCGGGGACAAUACUUAUGCACCGACUCUUUGCCGAUUCAAAAAAUAAGAGUCACUAGCCCUUGUGAGGUGCGAAUGUACCUGAGCCCAGAUAAGAUACCGGAAACGUGUAGAACGAGACAUCUGCGGCUACAAGGUCUCACCCUUAUCAAAAUGCGGAAGACUAACGCAUGGUUCUACGUGGCACCGGAACCUGAAGCAAUUGCCAUAGCUUGCGGAGAGGGGAAAAUUCGAGACACCCUUCAAGGUUCAGGAAUAAUGCGGAUAGAGGAUUUCUGUGAGGUUAUCGCUCCUGAUUUCACUAUCCGUGGCCGAAAGUCAAAGGAAACAAUCUGGGAGAAUCAUAUUCAGCCUAGACUGAACUUGACACUAAGUAAUGACACCAUUACGCAACUACAGCAGCAGGACCAUAACGUGAGCGACAUUCGACUCACAAACGUCAUAGGGAACCUGAAGGAAUUGGAGGACCUUCAUGUGCAGCUAGAGACCGAAAAGGAAGAUCUAGGGAAGCUUCAAAAGAAAUUCGACUAUCAGGAAUUUCUACUCCACCCAUCAUCAAUAUUUUCAGUGGUCAUGGUGGUUCUUGCCCUUGUUUAG